UUUCCAUUUCCUGAAGAAAACGCAAUCGACGGCGACGCGGUCGAAAUCCCUAAAACCUUCUCAACCAACAGAGAUGCUGAUAAAGGAAGAAGAAGAAGGGAACGGAUGCCGUAGCGAUAUGAAUUCCCCAAAGCCCUCCUCCUCCUCUUCCACCGCCACCAACAGAAAUGCCUCCGACGGCUUCGAAACCGCCAGCGACGGCGAACUCAACGACGACGAAAUCCCUCAACAAAUCCAUCUCCAAGACGAGCCACAACAAACUCCCUCCCAGAACGACGACGUUGAAUCGAAUCAGAAAGCGUUUGAAGAAGCAAGUGAUGUGAAAAUUGAAGGCAAUAGACUGUUUGGCAGUGGGCAGUACCAAGAGGCAUUAUCCCAGUAUGAGCUUGCUUUACACCUUGCACCUGACAUGCCAUCGUCUGUCGAAUUACGUUCCAUUUGUCAUUUAAACAGUGCAGUAUGCUUCUUGAAAUUGGAAAAGUAUGAGGACGCAAUCAAGGAAUGCACGAAAGCGCUUGAACUAAAUCCUUCGUAUAUGAAAGCUCUGCUUCGAAGAGCAGAAGCUCAUGAAAAGCUCGAGCAUUUUGAAGAGGCUAUUGUUGAUAUGAAAAGUGCCUUGGAACUUGAUCCUUCAAAUGACCAAGCCAAAAAGGCCAUUCGCCGGUUGGGGCCGCUAGCUGAAGAAAAGAGAGAAAAGAUGAAAGAGGAGAUGAUAGGGAAGCUGAAAGAAAUGGGCAAUUCUCUCUUGGGCCGUUUUGGAAUGAGCGUCGACAACUUUAAAGCUGUCAAAGAUCCAAACACCGGCUCAUAUUCUCUUUCAUUCCAACGUUAGCACGGCUGUGGUCAAAUCCUAUAACAACGCGGGAGGAAUCGGUGUGGUAAAUGUGUUUCGGUAGGCAGGAUCUUAAGACCGUAUAGUUUCUAUAUAUGAAUGGAAUUGUCACCAUUGCAGUUUGUUCAGACUCUUGCUCUUUUUCAUUCUCUUUUUCGUUGUUGGUUUCUCCAUUGCAGUUUGUUUAUGAUUUCUUUACAUUAUUGCCAUGCAAAUGAGAAAAAUAAUUCCUUA